UUGCGUUGUGCGGUUGUGCAGUGCAAGUUGUGCGGAAUUAGUUUUGUGAUUCUCGUGAUUACACAUUUAACAAUCGCCAAAAAUUGGAAAGUUUCAGUUUUAAAACAAACAAUGUCUCUAUCUUUCAACACUAGGAACAUAGCCAGACGGCUGUUUUUGAGCAAAUGCUACAACAUUUGGCGACCUUACGUCAGCGUCCCACCCGACAGUCCCACAGUCAAUGUUCCUUCGAAGGAAAUCGUCACACCCUUUCCGCCGCUGUCAGAGCCGAUUCCCGAUUUACCCCCAGUUCAGUACGCUCGACCCGGCGAUCAAAGCAACGUUACACAGGUGACCCGGCUUUCUAAUGGCCUGAGGGUUGCCUCGGAAAACCGUUUCGGACAGUUCUGCACUGUGGGAGUUAUCAUUGAUUCAGGACCUCGCUAUGAGCUCGCGUUUCCUAGUGGAAUUUCGCAUUUUCUCGAGAAGUUGGCUUUUCAAUCGACGGAAGCAUUCGCAGAAAAGGAUAUCAUUUUUAAGGAGCUGGAAAAACAUGGUGGAAUUUGUGACUGUCAGAGCUCCCGUGAUACAUUUGUGUAUGCGGCUAGCGCAGACAGCCGAGGUUUGGAAUCGGUCACCAGAAUACUGGCGGACGUAGUGCUGAGACCAAGGCUUGCCGCGAAUGAAGUGGAUUUCGCCCGACAGGCGGUAAAGUUCGAGUUGGAAACCUUGGGUAUGCGUCCCGAACAGGAACCGAUCCUAAUGGAUAUGAUUCACGCUGCUGCCUUCCGUGACAAUACCCUCGGACUGCCAAAACUGUGUCCAGAACCGAAUACGCAGAGCAUUGAUCGGAAUAUGUUGUUAUCUUAUUUAAGACUUCACCAUUCGCCAGAUCGGAUGGUUUUGGCGGGCGUCGGAGUGCCGCAUGACGAGCUGGUUAAACUGGCGGAAAAGUUUUUCGUUGACGAAGGCGCAACCUGGGAAAAGGAGACUGUUGCGGCCAAACACCCUACUGCUGUGGAUACUUCUGUGGCACAAUAUACCGGAGGUUCAAAGCUGGAAGAAUGUGUCAUCCCGGUGUACGCCGCAGUUGGUCUUCCGGAACUGGCGCACGUUGUGAUUGGAUUGCAGGGGUGUUCCCACCAGGACAAAGAUUUCAUUGCAGCUUGCGUGUUAAAUAUUAUGAUGGGUGGUGGAGGAUCAUUUUCCGCUGGAGGCCCAGGAAAAGGCAUGUACACACGGCUCUAUACAAACGUUCUGAACCGUUAUCAUUGGAUGUAUAGUGCAACGGCUUACAAUCACUCAUAUGGCGAUAACGGUCUGUUUUGCAUUCACGCCACAGCACCCCCGACACACGUUAAAAGCCUAGUCGAAGUUAUCACUAAAGAAUUGUUCACAAUGCAAAACCGCCCUGCAGAUCAGGAGUUACGUCGAGCCAAAACGCAACUACAAUCUAUGUUGCUAAUGAAUCUGGAAGCUCGUCCGGUCGUGUUUGAAGACAUCGGUCGGCAAGUACUAGCGACUGGUGAACGAAGACGACCCGAAUAUUUUAUUCAAGAAAUAGAAAAAAUCACUGCGGAAGAUAUUCAAAACGUAGCCAGGCGAUUCCUUUCAUCACCUCCGGCCCUGGCAGCUCGCGGGGAAAUCAAGGGCAUUCCGGAUGUGAAAGAUAUCCAAACAGCCCUAACCAGCGAGGGCAAACUGCCCGGUAACCGUCGAUUAUCACUGUUCCGGUAAACUCCUGAUGGCAUUCGCUUGCGAUAUGGCAAGCACCCCGACUUGGGUCCCAGUCAACCAGAAUCGAAACUGUGAGUAAUUUUAGGCUUAUUAAUUAUGAUUUAUGUUUUCAGAAAAUUGUUUUAAAUAUAAAAUAUGCAAUCAGGGAUGUUUGCAAGCUGAAUGAAUCAAUCCGAAAUUGUUUGUAUAAUGUAUAAUGUUAAUCUAUUAAACAAAC